CUCCUCUUCCUCCUCCUCCUCCUGCUCCCCCUCCUCCACCACAGUCUCCUCCUCCGCUCUCUCUGUUUUUUCCUUUUAUUCUUCUAGAGGUGCUUUUGGAAAUAGCAGACCUCCAUGUAUGACAAUUUGUACCUGCAUGGAUUUGAAGACUCGGAGGCGGUGAGUGGUGGGGGGGGGGUUAGCUUCAGAUCGUGUGUGUGUGUGUGUGUUUGUCGAUAGAGGUGGCUCAGCUGUGGUGCACACACAAACACAGGGCCUACUGUAGGUAAGCUGACGGUCUCAUGCUGUAGAUAGAAGGAUCGCGGUCUCCGCUGGGGGGUGGGGUGACUGUGGCACUGUAGGGAGAAGACGGCGUCAGACGUGUGUGUGUGUGUGUGUGUGUGUGUGUGUGUGUGUGUGUGUGUGUGUGCACAGUCGUGAGAGUGUAAUUAGCGAUGAUGUGUAUAAGUAUGACUAGCAAUAUGUGUCUGUCAGCAUUAGCCCAAUGCAUCUGAAUAGCUGCAUCCUAUCAUCAGCACAUUUCAAUGGCUGAUGAUAGCUAUACAAUGUACACUGUAGGCAUCCAUUUAAUGCACAGCACACGUAGGAGCACAAAGAUGGAGAUAGCGUUAUAUAGCGAGAGGAGAGCAGUGUGUAAAUGCUCAUUCCUAUGCUCCAGAGGGCCGUUUCGCUCCCAGCGUGAGGUUGUGAUUGCGUAAUGUAUCCUCAUAUCACAGCCUUUCCAAACGUAGGGUAUAGCCCUGCUGCAUUUAGUGCCUUUUGUUUAAAGGGGCAACGAUUCUAUUUUUACUCCCAGCAACAGCAAUGUGUUGGAUUUCUGCUGCUGAGGACAGAGAGGAGCGUGCGUCGUGAUGUCAUACACUGGAGUUAGAUAGACAUGAGUCACAUGUCAGUGCUCUGUUAGACGCCCGACAGUCGUACAAUAUGGCCGUGAAGAGAUACUUUACCCCAAAAUGCACCCCUCUAACCACCCACAUACCCUGUUAUCCAUUUUAUAUAUAUAGGCUGAUCAGCAACCGGCUAUAAUUAUUUAUUAAGAUAUAUAAUGAAUAUAUAUAAAGGAAUAUGGUAUUUGUUGAGGGGGCGUGAGAAUAAAUGUUUACCAAAGCACUUAAGCAGAAGAGCUGGGUGUGUGUGUGUGUGUGUGUGUGUGUGUGUGUGUGUGUGUGUGUGUGUGUGUGUGUGUGUGUGUGUGUGUGUGUGUGUGUGUGUGUGUGUGUUUGUGUGUGUGUGUGUGUGUGUGUGUGCGUGUGCGUGCGUGCAUGUGUGUGUGUGAGAGAGAGAGUGUGUUGACAGUGAGGAUUGUUCUAACAGGGUGUUCUUAUAAUAUACAGUAUGUCAGUUGAAUGCUUAUGAUGCUUGAGAAAGACCACAUCGUUAUAAGACAGAGUGGUGCUAGUGUGAAAACAGGGAGCUGUGACUAUUAACAUAAAUACUUUUAACAAGAGCAGUGUAGGUUGAUUUGUGUCAUGUGUUUUUCAUAAAGGUGACACCCAGUAAAAACAUUUUUUUUAAUGUUAUGAUUGUGGUUAAUAAUUAGGCUCAUAGUACUUUUAUCAUAGAACCUUAAUGUGAUCCAUGGAUUUAUAUCAGCAGCUGUUUCUUAAUAGCAUUGACUCAAGAUGCAAUAUAUAUCUUUUUCAGAGCAAUCACUUCUUUCUCUAAAUAAGCAAACCUCCUCGUUUUGGUUUCCCAGACCCGCCAUUUUGUGAUUGGUCCACACAAUUCAAUAGAGCCCCUGCUGAAGUAAGCCCAAGAGAUAGCUUGUCUGUUGUAGAAAGUGCUGUGCUAUGACUAGCGUGUGUGGAUUUUAGCAGACUGCGAGACUUUCCAGGUUCCUAAUGCGAUAUUGACACAUGCACACGCACGCACGCACACACACACACACACACACACACACACACACACACACACACACACACACACACACUCAGGUACGCACGCACACACCGAACACACACACACACACACACACACUGUUCUUUCUCUGACUUGAGUUAAUGUUGUUCCCCAAUUCGAUUAUCAUUAGUAGAUUCACUCUCUCUUCUUCUGAGGCCAAGGCAUGGGUCAAUACUUUAACACACGCUCCAGACAUGUCUCAGCCAACCUUCCUGUUCAGUCCAGCUGCCUACGGGCCACUGUGCUCACAUAUGAGCAUAACCAGUGGUAAUGUGUAACCAGUAGUGAUGUGUAACCAGUAGUAAUGUGUAACCGGUGGUAAUGUGUAACCAGUGGUGAUGUGUAACCGGUAGUAAUGUGUAACUGGUAGUAAUGUGCAACCAGAGGUAAUGUGUAACCAGUGGUAAUGUAUAACCAGUGGUAAUCAAACAUCUGGGCUAUCAAGUCUCAGGCAGUGCUACCUCAUCACAAGACUAUGAUUCGAUGCAUGCUCUUCCUGGUACAAUAGUGCCCCCAAGAUAAUUAAAAAGAAACUGCAGACAUCUCAGAACAAAUUAGUCAGGAUUAUUCUUAAACUUCCCGCUCGUUCUCAUCUUGACCAUUCCCACUUUGAAAGCCUCAGAUGGGUAAAAGUGGAGGAGAGAGUCUCUCAGAUUAAAGUGUGUGUUGUACGUAAGCUUGUCCACAGUAUGGUCCCCAGGUACCUAUGUAACUACUUGAACUUGGUCCGGGAUAACCAUAACUAUUCCACUAGAAGGAGUGAAACUGUCAUUGUUCCUUUUAGAUUUAAUAGUGGUAAAAGGAAAUAAACUUUUUUGUACUCAGCUGCUAUUCUUUGGAAUAGUCUUCCAAAUAAUUUGAAAUGUAUCAUCUCCAGAGGCAGUUUCAAGUUCUCACUGAAAAAAGUCUCAAAAGUGAGUCGUAAGACUAUAGUAGGUGGGUGAGAAGAGUAGAAAAUGCCUGGGAUAGUAUAUGGUCUACCUUUUGGUGCCUAUUGUGUACACCCCCCUCCCCCUCCAAAUGGACCACAAUAGAAAUAAGCUUUUAAGCUUUAUUGUGUUAUCCUUGAUGAUUUUCUUAAAUUGCAUGUGUAGGCGUCACCGGCUGGAGUGCCCUUAUGUAUGUAUUUAAAAAAUAGUCUAAUAAAUUAAAUCAAUCAAUCAAUCAAUUAAUCAAUCAAUUCCAAAUCACCUCACCUCUGUUUAGUAAGAUAAACCGGAUGUAGUUACAGAGCAUUAUGGGUACUGUAGUACGUCAUGCUACAACCUCCUCCACCUGGUGACAGCCUGGUGACGGCCUGUUGAAGGCCUGGUGACAGCUUGGUGACGGUGACGCUGGCAGUGUGAUCAUAGUGACAGCUGCUGUCUUCCUGUCUGUCCAUGUCCUGUUGUAGGGCUCAGCUGAUUCCUACACAAGCAGACCAUCGGACUCGGAUGUCUCUCUGGAGGAGGAGCGGGAGGUGCCGGGCCAGGUCCAGGGCCAGAGCCCGAGCCAAGCGGUCCCGGGGACCCAGGCCCCGGCCCAGACCAGAGAGCAGAAGGAGCAGCAGGCUGCCCUUGCAGCUGGAGAGAGCCAAGGUGAGACCCAGAGAGGUUGUGUUCAGUAGGGAUAAAACGGUUUUAAAAAAGGUUUUAAUUUAAAUGUGAGGGUACUACCUGGACAACAAGAAGACGUUAUACUGUACUAUGUAAAGGGUGGCAGAAGGGUUAUGCCACAAUUGAUAAAGCACCAGAUGUAAGGAUCCGUUAUAGCACACUUAUAUUGUAUGACAUUUGCUUAUAAAUGAUUUGUGAAGCAUCCACGUAGGCAUUAUAAAGGGUUUAUGAAGGCUUUAUUAAGCCUUGUAAGUCAUAGUUCAUUCAUGUGAACUUACGUUCAUGCUGUGCGGCUCUCUGACUGACCCUCUUGUCCCUCUCUCUCUCUCCAAAGGCUAAAGCCGUGGCCUUUGCUGUGAAGACCAAUGUCAGCUACUGUGGAGCGUUAGACGAGGACGUGCCGGUGCCAGCGACCGCCAUCUCGUUCGAUGCUAAGGACUUCCUUCACAUAAAGGAGGUAAUGUUUUUGUCACUGAGGCAAGGUUGAACUGUGGCACGCUAUCAACCGGACUUUGAUCAAAUACAUUUGUAAAAUAGAUUUGUGAGAUAUUUUUCAAUGCCAAAUGAUUUAGCUUGGAGUGUGCACAUUUCGGACUAUACCAUUGUACCAGACAAACUAGAUUAAGUGUAGCUAUUUGAAAGUAUUUGAUAUCAGUGGAGGCUGGAACAGAGCCAAUGGAAUGGCAUCAAACACGUGGAAACCAUGUGUUUGGUGUAUUUGAUACCAUUCCCCUCAUUCCACUCCAGCCAUUACCACGAGCCCAUCCUCCCCAAUUAAGGUGCCACCAACCUCCUGUGUUUGAUAUGUAUUUGACCCAGGGCAGUUAUCAACCACUAUUACAUUAACAGAAAGGGAUGUACACUGAAUUUAGUACCUGUGUUCUGAAACACACUCACUGUGUGUUAAAACUAGAUACAACUGCUUAUUUCAUUGUAUUCAUGUCAUUUUGGCUGCGUUUAGACAGGCAGCCCAAUUCUGAUCUAUUUUUCCACUAAUUGGUCUUUUGACCAAUCACAUCAGAUCUUUUCACAUCAGAUCUUUUUCAGAGCUGAUCUGAUUGGUCAAAAUACCAAUUAGUGAAUGAAACAAAUAUCAGAAUUGGGCUGCCUGUCUAAACGCACUGAAACUGAUUUUUCAACCACACCUCCAACCCAUCCAGAAGUUCAACAACGACUGGUGGAUCGGCCGGCUGGUCAAGGAGGGCUGUGAGAUCGGCUUCAUCCCCAGUCCCCUGAAGCUAGAGAACAUCCGCAUCCAGCAGGAACAGAAGCGAGGGCGAGUCCAAGGGUAAGGUAACCUAUCACCAGGCCUCUCUCACUCAGUCAGAGACUUAUAGGCUUGUGACCCUGGGAAGGGGGUUAGGAAGGGGCCAGCAGUGCUAUUCAAAGUUUAGUCAAAUUGAUUCGGUUAUGACAAAUUAGUCAAAUUAGUAUAACUCACUUGGUUAUGAAUGUGCUUAUGAUGUGUUAUAAAGAAGGUAAUCAUAGGAAGUGUUACAGAUCAUUUAGAAUAAUUACAUUUCUCUCCAUCCAUAUCCAGAAUAGAAAAAUCUAAAUAUUUCUAAGGUCUCUGGCCUUAAUAAUCAGUAGUGCUUUGGUUUUUCUAGCGACCUAGCUGCUCUGUCUGUUUAAUCGCUCUUGAAGCUCCCGUCACCGGUGGUUUUGUCUCGUGUGCGUACUAUCCUUCAGAGCCGUUCACUGCACUAGGCCUGUUCAGUUUGAACACUAAUUCAGUGUAAUGAGAAGACUCGGGAUGAGUUGAGAGGCUCACCUCGAGUCCUUCAUUCACCCUAUAAGGCCUGGAUUGUGCAUUUCUAACCCAGUCGCCGUUGGCCACAUUAACACUGUGAUUCUGUUGUGUUCCUUUUGUCCCUCUUGUCUUUUCCAGUAAGUCUGGAGGGAAUUCUUCCUCAAGUGUAGAGGAUGAGGUGUCCGCCUCGGUCAGACCCCUCAUCUCCUCUGCAGGUGAGAGCCUCUUAGAGAUGAUGGGGGGACGUUGUCCGCCCCUACUGGCCCUCCGUUAGGUUAGAGAAGAACUAGAAAACUUUGGCAAGGCAACGUGAGACGUAGAGCAAGGAUUGCUUAGUGUUUAAGCCUUCCCAUGUCUCUCCAUAGAACCUAAGAUAAAUGAUUCCCAGCGGGCAAAACUGGUUGCAAUAACGUCAUUGUGACGUCUUUUUGUGAUGUCACGGUCAAGUUGUAUUCUGGUUGUAAAAGGACGUUUUUCUGGACGUCUUUUUAGCAAUCAGAGAAAGACGUCUUUAACUGGUUGUAAUCUGAACAGAUAACAACCAAAUUAUGAUCUCUGUCCCUGAGUUAUCUUGACAUUUCUAUAAUCAGAAAACCAGUUUACAACCAGAAUAUGACAUCAAUAUAACAUUGGUUGUAAUCAGAUGUCUCAACAACCAGAAAACCAGUUUACAACCAGAAUAUGACGCCAUUAUAACAUCCCAUACCAACUUUUGCCUGCUGGGUUGUGGAUCCAUAGAGUGUAUAUAUAUAUAUAUAUAUAUAGUGUAUUCUCCCAUCCUCCUCUUCCUCCAGUUGAGGACUGCAGGCGCUCUGAGACUUGGCUUACCACAGGGUGAACCCAACGACAAGACUUUGACCCCCCUGAACUUCAGUCAUGUGACUUUGUGAAUAUGCCUCAUAGGAUAUUAGGAUCAUGUUUAUAUGUUGGAUGAUGAAUCUAGAGGGUAUAUGUUUACUUUGUGUGUCAGUUAUAUCCUCGGGUUUGAAAAUGUAUUUACUGUAAAUUACAUUAUGAUCAUCCCAAUUCCCAAAAUGAAGUACAGGAUCAUGAGGUCUCUGACCUGACAAGUUAUGGUGACUUAUGACACAAUACAAUACAAGACAUUGACAAUUCUGUUUUGUUUUACUUCACAGGAAAGCAGAAACAAAAAGCGGUAAGUGGGUGAUGGUAACACUAAACUGUCUCCAUCAACUAGAGCUGUCUACAUUACAAUAGUACAGUGCCCAUCCUACAUCCCAUCCUACAUCCCAUCUAACAUCCUGUCUAACAUCCCAUCUAACGUCCCAUCUACAUUAGUGAAAUAGAUUUGAGUCAGAUUGUGCUGUCACAAUGAUCCAUACAUCCCGUGCAUCUAUCCCAUUUUGUUACUGUGGGAAAAUCUCAAUUGCAUUUCCUUGACUCCUUGCGUCCUCUCUCCUCGCCUCCUUCUCAAAACCCAUUGGAUGAGAAGGUAAAAGGUCCCUCCCCUCUGACUUCUCCUCCAAUGGGUUUUGAGGAGAGCCGAGGGUUCUAGGAAAUGCAAUUGAGAUUCUCCCAAUGCGUCCCGCUGCUCCUCUGAUUCCUUUGUUACUCUGUUACAGACUGAACACGUUCCGCCUUACGACGUGGUGCCGUCCAUGAGGCCUGUGGUGCUGGUGGGGCCCUCCCUCAAGGGCUAUGAGGUAAGCAGCAGCAGCGGCGGCGGCCAUCUUUGAGUCACAUGAUCAUCCUCUGGCUCUGGCCCAUCCUAGAACUCCCAUUGGUGGAAUGACAGUAACAGUGCAUCAUGUUAAAUGAUUGUUGUUGCGGCUGUCAUGAUCACAUCUCAUUGAGGGAAGAUCUCCUCAUGGCUGGAUGGCGUUUCUAUUGAGUUCAGGUUUAUAUUCAUUCAUGUUUAUAUGUAGGCCAUUUUUUUAUAAGGUUGUAUUGACACAGAAUAGGCCUAUUGGAGCUCUACUAGAGUCUAUAUUUAGGAUGCUGAGUGAGGUGCUUUGUUGAUGUUUUUCUAGUCAUUCUCAGAACACCAUAGUACAGGGAGCUGCUUUCCUCUCCUCCCCUCUUCCCCUCUUCCUCUCUCUCUCUCUCGCUCGCUCUCUCUCUCCCUCCUCGCACGGAGGGAACGCAAUCAGUCGCCUCAUCCCCCAGUGUGCUCUGUUGCCGCGGUAACAACCUUCUGGGUGCAAACGCGUCAGCAUCAGAAGUAGAGCAACGUUGGAAAUUAGAAAGAGAGGAGAGAGAGGAGAGAGAGGAGAGAGAGUAGAGAAGAGAAGAGAGUGUAGAGAGAUGAGAGAAGAGAGAGUAGAGAAGAGAGAGGAGGGAAGAGAAGAGAAAAGAGAAGAGGAGAGAGUAGAGAGAUGAGAGAAGAGAGAGGAGGGAAGAGAAGAGAGAAGAGAAGAGUAGAGAGAAGAGAGAGUAGAGAGGAGAACCCCUGGAAGCAGCAUCGCUGUGUUUCUAGAUUAAACCAGCCACUAAAUUAUCUUUGUAUAUGCCACCAUCCUUACUGGCAGGCCUCUGACCAGUUCCAUGAUACCAUCCAAAUUCAGUAAUUUCAGGAGAUCCAUUUUAGUCUGAAAUUAGUCUAUUGUUGACAAUGAGGAUUUUACAUUGCAUUUCAGUAACAGAAUAUGAAUCUAUCUAGUGAAUUGACUGAUAUCAUGGAAUUGACCCCAAAUCUGGCUUUACUAUUGCACUCAUCAAGUUGUAGUUGUUUUGUAUCAGGGUAGAACUCUAUGAAAUAUAAUGGCAUGUUUGAUAUUAUUUUCAGUAUCCUCCAGUCAAAUGACUGGAUAUCUGAACUAGUAGAAUAGAAUUGAUAGAAUGCUAAAUGGUUUGUUGCACGUAGGCUGUCGUCAUGGGACAUCUUAGCUCUGGCCAUGAUGUGCUGUGGCCAUGAUGAUCACCCAGUUGAUACCGUGUAGCUCAGUUGGUAGAGCAUGGCGUUUGCAACGCCAGGGUUGUGGGUUCGUUUUCCCACGGGGGACCAGUAUGAAAAAAAAUGUAUGCACUCACUAACUGUAAGUCACUCUGGAUAAGAGCGUCUGCUAAAUGACUAAAAUGUUAUUUCCCAGGAGGUUUGCUUGCUGUUAGGGUUAAAUGUUCUCUUUUUGAACACUACUCUCUCUCCUAUAUAUACCCUCAUAAUUCUCUCUCUCUCUCUCCAUCUUCACUAUUUCUCCUCUUUCGGCUUCUCUUUCUCCACAGGUGACGGACAUGAUGCAGAAAGCGCUCUUUGACUUCCUCAAGCACAGGUUUGACGGCAGGUGAGAUUAAGGAUGAGGCCUCCUGUAGCUCAGUUGGUAGUUGAUAAGAGCGUCCUGCUAAAUGACUAAAAUGUAGAUGAAAGAGGUUCCUUUCCUUUUGAUGUUUUGUCUGUUUAUUGUUCAACUCGUUACACUCAAAUGACAUUGACUUAUGAAGCCCUACGAGAUAGAUAGGCCUAGAAAUUCACAUGGAAUAGCUCUUUAGUGAAGGAGUAUCUGUCAGCAAAAUAAGGUAUGCAGUAUUUAUCCACUUAAUGCCUAAAUUGGUGUCUUUGUUUGACCAUUUCAGGAUAUCUAUCACACGAGUUACAGCAGAUAUAUCAUUAGCCAAGAGGUCUGUUCUGAAUAACCCCAGCAAGCGGGCCAUUAUCGAGAGAUCAAACACCAGGUCCAGCUUAGGUAUGUACCUCCAUAAUGUAUUGAUCUCUUUUACUGUAGCAGUCUUUUGAGUUUGCAUUGUGUAUCGACUUUUGCCUACUUUUAUCCGUAGCUAGCAUCUCUAUGAGACUGGGCUAAAGAAGAAUGAUUUAGCUUGAUUGAGCUACCUGCCGCAAUGGAAUCAAUGGAAUAGUCCCAAAAGUGCAAACUCCACCCACCUGGCUCUCCAGACAGGCUCAAUCAAAUGCUCAACGUAGUCAUUGGCUACGUUCCAAUGUCCAUAGUAGACACCACUUAGAAUGAAUCAAUGUAUUGGGAAUGCAGUGAAGGGAUGGGAGUCUGUGUGUACCGGUUGUUUACGUAUACAGUGUACUGGGCUGACUGUUUUCAGUGUGUAUGAUUGUUGUACGGUGAUGCCGAAGUAAAAUGUCCAUCCUGAAUGGACAGUAAAGUUAUAUUCUAAAGUCUAUUGUUUACAUCCUUGUCCCCAGCGGAGGUGCAGAGUGAGAUAGAGAGGAUCUUUGAGCUGGCCAGGUCCCUACAGCUGGUGAUCCUGGAUGCAGACACCAUUAAUCACCCAGCCCAGCUGCUCAAGACCUCGUUGGCUCCCAUCAUCGUCCAUGUCAAGGUCUCCUCGCCGAAGGUAGGGACUGGAGGGGCUUGUAUUAGGGUCAUGUGAUUUGAAACACAUCCAUGUCUACUAUAGGGCCUCAGAGGUAACAAUAAUAUUAUAUGGCCAUGAAGCAGACACUUCAUCAUCUAAAGCAACUCACAGAACUGUCAACAUUGUCAGUUAUACGGUACGCUAUAACCUACUGAGCCACUGGGACCACGUUCUUUUGAAAAUGAAUGUCAGCAUGCUUAGACACUGAUUGGUUUGUCAGUGGAGGGGUUUUCUAGAGUUAUACAUGUGUUUUGUUUUCAUAGGAACACACUUUAAUCUAUCUAAGGUAUUAUACAUUUAUUUUAAAUGAUACUAUUUGACCUGUAUACCUGGUUAAAGAUGUGAAACGCAGUAUUCCCUUAAAGAAUGUGUGUAAAUAAAACAUUACUGUAAGGGAUCGGGGGUUGGCAGGAUCUAGACAGAGUCUGACACUUCCCCGAUCUACUGAGAGGGGGAGUCAUCAGACUCGAUCUGGUUCACCUGAGUUCUGAGCACACCUGUCAGUAAUUAGUGUAGGAUUUAAGGUGUGCUCAGAAGCUCAGUCGGCGAGAGAGAGAGAGAGAGUUUGUUGUUUUUGAUUACCCGUGUAUCCGACCUGUGCCUUGUUGUUUGACUCCCCGAAUUGCUUAAUCCUCUACUUGUCUACCCCAGUGAUUACCGUUCUCUGAUCCUGUGCCUGUGACCUCGACUACGACUAAGCCCGCUCCUUUGGUACCUCUGCCUGUCUAUGCCUGGCCCGGUUUUGACCACAGCCCGCCCGACCACGAUUAAGCUAUUCCCUUGUCUGUACUCUAAUAAAGCAUCGCUAUUCUGCGAUUGGAUCUUACCACUCUGUCCGAGUAUUCAUUACAGAAUACCUCGCCAUUACCAUGGAUCCAGCGGAAUUACAGAGGCGAUGGGAGAUACAGGAGAAACGCAUGGAUGAACUCCUACAGCUACUCAACGCUGGUGCAGCGGAAGGCACCACCCCGAGUACGGUCAGUCCUCGUCAUGCACCUCCGAUUUCUAUACCGACAAGGUACGACGGGGAACCUGGCAAAUGUCAGGGGUUUCUACUCCAGAUGUCCCUGUAUAUGUCGUAUAAUAGUACUAUGUUUUCCGAUGACCGUAGCAGGGUGGAUUUCAUGAUUUCUCUGCUAACGGGAAGAGCACUGGAUUGGGCUACUGCGCUUUGGGCAGCUGAGGUCCCCGAGUUGAAUGCGGAAGUUCAGUUCAAGAGACUGUUUCAAGAGGUGUUCGACCACCCAGUAUCUGGGCGUUGUGUGGGAGACCAACUAUGCGAACUUCAGCAGGGCCGUCGCACAGUAGCCGACUACGCUUUAGAGUUCCGUACUAUAGCAGCCGGUAGCGGAUGGAGCGAAACUGCUUUGCUCACAGUUUUCCGAAGAGGGCUGCGCCAAGACGUACAGACUGAGUUGGCUUGUCGAGGAGAUAUCACUGCGCUACAUGAGUUUAUCAAAAUAGCCAUCUCUAUUGAUAAUCUUAUAGUGCAACACAAGGCAUCCACAGUCCGGGAGCCCUCGAUCACUGGUCCUAUGCAAUCGACAGAGCGGAGGAGAGAAUCUGAGGAGGAACCUAUGCAACUGGGACGGUCACCUCUACAAGGUUCAGUGAGACAACAACGUCGGCAAGACGGACUAUGCCUGUAUUGUGGUCAGGCGGGUCAUUUCGUUCGUCAAUGUCCGGUACGACCUAACCGUACCCCAGGAUAUCGCCUCGGAACUGCCAAACCGGUGAGUGAGACUCCAGUGUUGAACAUUACAUCUAAACAAAUGUAUGUGCCUGUUACCUUAUCUGUCGGAGAGAAAGUGCGCAGGUUGGAAGGACUUAUUGAUUCCGGAGCGGCUGCCAGCUUUCUGGAUAUGGGUCUUGCUGAGGAGUUGGGAGUUCAACUUAUCCCAAUUCAACCUCCCCUGCGAGUCAACGCGCUAGACGGUGAGCCCAUGGGCACUGGGUUCAUUACGCACCGUACCGGGGAAAUCAAGUUACAAGUGGGCUCCCUGCACCAUGAGAACAUAAUUCUGUUCGUCAUCUCCGCUCCACGGGAGCCGCUAGUCCUCGGCCAUCCCUGGCUCGUUACCCAUGAUCCGGUCAUCUCCUGGAAAUCUGGCGAUAUCACGGCUUGGAGUGAGGUAUGUAGGGCUGAGUGCCUCAUUUUACCUUGCAAAACGUCUACUGUGGAGGAUGCGAAGGGUGCGGUGUCUACUGUUGUUCCUACAGAGUACCAGGAUUACGCGCAGGUGUUCUCCAAGGAGAGGGCUACCGUGUUACCACCGCAUCGGGCCUGGGAUUGUGCAAUUGAUCUGCUAUCCGGGGCUACCCCUCCUCGCGGACGAAUCUACCCUUUGUCUCAGCCGGAACGGGAAUCAAUGAGCAAGUAUAUUGAUGAGGCACUUCAGCAAGGGGCCAUUCGCCCAUCUACGUCUCCCGCCGCAUCCAGUUUCUUCUUUGUUAAGAAAAAGGAUGGCGGACUUCGUCCUUGUAUAGACUAUCGAGGUUUGAACGAUAUCACCAUAAAAAAUCGUUACCCCCUUCCUUUGAUUCCAGCGGCCCUCGAGCAGGUGGGGCAGGCCUCCAUCUACAGUAAACUGGACCUCAGGAGUGCGUACAAUCUGGUGCGCAUUAGAGAGGGGGAUGAAUGGAAGACCGCCUUCAUCACCCAUCGAGGACAUUAUGAAUAUUGUGUUAUGCCCUAUGGACUUACUAACGCGCCCUCUGUGUUCCAGGCGUUCAUGAAUGAAAUUUUUAGGGACUUGAUUGAUCGUUUCGUCAUAGUGUACAUUGAUGACAUCCUAAUCUACUCUUAACUCUCUGAGUGAACAUGUGUCCCAUGUACGACAGGUUCUGGACCGACUCCGCCAACACUCUCUGUUCGUGAAGGCCGAGAAGAGUGAAUUCCAUGUCACGACGAUUUCCUUCCUUGGGGCCAUACUCACUCCCGACGGGGUAAGACUGGAUGAAUCCAAGGUACAAGCUGUACGAGACUGGCCUCAACCCCAGACGGUGAAAGAGCUUCAGAGAUUCUUGGGGUUUGCCAAUUACUAUAGACGGUUCGUGCGUAAUUUCAGCACCACUGCAGCUCCCCUGUCGGCGAUGACCAGCCACAAGGGGCGUGGUCUGAAAUGGACGGAGGGGGCAGUGCGGGCUUUUGAGACAUUGAAACAACGAUUUACCACCGUCCCCAUUUUGUGUCAGCCGGAUCCUACCUUGCCGUUCAUCGUGGAGGUGGACGCCUCGGAGGUUGGAGUUGGAGCCGUGCUAUCCCAGCGCCAAGGUGAGCCGCCCAAAUCACGACCCUGUGCUUUUUUUUCUAAAAAGCUGAAUCCGGCCGAGCAGAACUACGACGUGGGAAAUCGUGAAUUGCUGGCGGUGAAGUUAGCACUGGAGGAGUGGAGACAUUGGCUGGAGGGAGCAGCUCAUCCGUUCCAAGUGCUCACGGACCACCGCAAUCUGGAGUAUCUUCACAGUGCUAAACGACUGAACUCCCGACAGGCAAGGUGGUCUUUGUUCUUCAACCGUUUCCAAUUCACUGUCUCUUAUAUUCCCGGGUCCAAUAAUUGUAAGGCGGACGCGCUUUCCCGACGGUUCGAGCGCGCGGACAGACCGGUUGAACCAGAACCUAUCCUCCCCAUGAGUUGCCGUGCUGGUCCUGUGAGGUGGGCUAUCGAUGACACGAUUCAGGAGAGCCUACAAGCGGAACCAGCCCCUCCAGAAACCCCGGUGUCGAAGGUGUUUGUACCAGCUCCGCUUCGACCUCAACUGAUGGAAUGGUGCCACACGUCGCUAGGAUCUGGUCAUCCCGGAAUCACUCGAACUACUCGACUCAUCAGUCGAAAAUACUGGUGGGAUUCCCUCACAGAUGACGUCCGAGACUACGUAUUAUCCUGCCCAGUUUGUGCUCAGUCCAAGGCGCCUCGAGCACUACCGGAGGGCAAGCUGAUGCCAUUGCCAACUCCUCAACGACCCUGGUCGCACAUCGCGAUGGACUUUGUUACCGACCUACCAGAAUCAGAGGGCCAUACUGUAAUUCUCGUGGUCAUCGAUCGAUUCUCAAAGAUGUGUCGGUUAGUACCCAUGACCCGUUUACCUAACGCCACUCAAAUGGCGGAGACUAUGUUUAACCAGGUGUUCCGGCAGUUUGGUGUUCCAGAGGAUAUUGUUUCCGACCGGGGACCCCAGUUCGUAUCCCGGGUUUGGAAGGCCUUCUGCGAACGCUUGGGUAUCUCGGUGAGCCUCACCUCCGGAUAUCAUCCCCAGGCCAAUGGGCAGACCGAACGGCUCAACCAGGAAAUUGGGAAGUAUCUACGGCAACAAUGUUCGCGGCAGCCGCAAGAGUGGAGCCGAUUCCUUCCUUGGGCAGAGUAUGCUCAGAACUCACUCAUUCACACCUCCCUACGUCUAACGCCCUUUCAGUGUGUUCUAGGGUAUCAACCACCCCUGUUCCCGUGGGAUACCGCACCCGGGAUGGUACCGGCGGUGGACGAGUGGUUCCGUCGGAGUGCGCAGGUCUGGGAGACGGCCCAUCAACAUCUCAGUCAAGCCUCACAGCAGCAAAAGACCUAUGCCGACCGACGCCGGAGACCUACUCCCACUUAUCAAACCGGACAACGAGUGUGGCUGUCUACCCGAGACCUGCGGUUCCGACGGAGCUGCAAGAAGCUCCAACCCAGGUACAUUGGUCCUUUCAAAGUUCAGAGACGUAUUAACCCUGUCACCUGCCGUCUGUUACUCCCUCGACACUACAGGAUAAACCCUACGUUCCACGUCUCCCUGUUGAAACCUGUCCAUUAUAGCCCGAUGUAUCCACCAAUCGCUCAACAACCUACUACACCACCUUUGGAGGAUGAACAGGACACCACCUAUACAGUCCACGAGAUACUGGAGUCAAGACGGAGACGAGGGGGCAUCGAAUAUCUCGUGGACUGGGAGGGAUAUGGACCUGAGGAACGGUCCUGGGUUCCGGCUAAGGACAUACUGGAUCCCGCUCUCAAGGCCACUUUCCACGCUGAGCACCCAGAUCAUCCAGGACCCCGACCCAGAGGAAGACCACCCGGUAGAGGUAGAAGGCCGUCAGGAGCCGGCCCUGGGGAGGGGGAUACUGUAAGGGAUCGGGGGUUGGCAGGAUCUAGACAGAGUCUGACACUUCCCCGAUCUACUGAGAGGGGGAGUCAUCAGACUCGAUCUGGUUCACCUGAGUUCUGAGCACACCUGUCAGUAAUUAGUGUAGGAUUUAAGGUGUGCUCAGAAGCUCAGUCGGCGCGAGGUAUUGUUCCAUUGUGACUUGCUAAGCGUUUUGUUCCGAGAGAGAGAGAGAGUUUGUUGUUUUUGAUUACCCGUGUAUCCGACCUGUGCCUUGUUGUUUGACUCCCCGAAUUGCUUAAUCCUCUACUUGUCUACCCCAGUGAUUACCGUUCUCUGAUCCUGUGCCUGUGACCUCGACUACGACUAAGCCCGCUCCUUUGGUACCUCUGCCUGUCUAUGCCUGGCCCGGUUUUGACCACAGCCCGCCCGACCACGAUUAAGCUAUUCCCUUGUCUGUACUCUAAUAAAGCAUCGCUAUUCUGCGAUUGGAUCUUACCACUCUGUCCGAGUAUUCAUUACAAUUACAUUCGAAAAGAGCAUGACCAUUUCAACAGACGUCUAACACUAUCUAACACAUAUUUAAAUGUCUUCCCACCGUCUAGGUUCUGCAGAGGCUGAUCAAGUCCAGAGGGAAGUCCCAGAGCAAGCAUCUGAACGUACAGCUGGUGGCAGCUGACAAACUAGCCCAGUGUCCUCCGGUGAGUGACUCUAACAGCACACUGUUUCUUUAAUCUACACCACCCAGCAUACUGUCUCUUUAAUCUACACCACCCAGCAUACUGUCUCUUUAAUCUACACCACCUAGCAUACUGUCUCUUUAAUCUACACCACCCAGCAUACUGUCUCUUUAAUCUACACCACCUAUCAUACUGUCUCUUUAACCUACACCACCCAGCAUACUGUCUCUUUAAUCUACACCACCCAGCAUACAGCAUACUGUCUCUUUAAUCUACACCAACCAGCAUACAGCAUACUGUCUCUUUAAUCUACACCACCCAGCAUACUGUUUCUUUAAUAUACAGCACCCAGCAUAUAGCAUACUGUCUCUUUAAUCUACACCACCCAGCAUACAGCAUACUGUCUCUUUAAUCUACACCACCCAGCAUACUGUCUCUUUAAUCUACACCACCUAGCAUACUGUCUCUUUAACCUACACCACCCAGCAUACUGUCUCUUUAACCUACACCACCUAUCAUACUGUCUCUUUAAUCUACACCACCCAGCAUACUGUCUCUUUAAUCUACACCACCCAGCAUAAUGUCUCUUUAAUCUACACCACCCAACAUACUGUCUCUUUAAUCUACACCACCCAGCAUACAGCAUACUGUCUCUUUAAUCUACACCAACCAGCAUACAGCAUACUGUCUCUUUAAUCUACACCACCCAGCAUACUGUUUCUUUAAUAUACAGCACCCAGCAUAUAGCAUACUGUCUCUUUAAUCUACACCACCCAGCAUACAGCAUACUGUCUCUUUAAUCUAUACCACCCAGCAUACUGUCUCUAAUCUACACCACCUAGCAUACAGUCUCUUUAACCUACACCACCCAGCAUACUGUCUCUUUAACCUACACCACCCAGCAUACUGUCUCUUUAAAAACCACCCACCCAGCAUACGCUCUUUAAUCUCACCCCCCAAGGAUAUUUUCUUUUAAAUAACACCCCCCAGUACUGUCUUUUUUAAUCACACCACCCCCAUACAGCAUACUGUCUUUUUAAAUCACACCAACCAGCAUAAAAGCAUACUGUCUCUUUAUCACACCCCCCAGUUUGUUUCUUUUUUUACGCACCCACAUAUAGCUUUGUUUUUUUAAAUCAAAACCCCCCCAGCAUACAGAUUUAUGUCUCUUUAAUCUAUACCCCCCACAUACUGUCUCUUUAAUCUCCCACCUAGAUAAGUCUCUUUAACCUUAACCCCCUAAUACUGUCUCUUUCCCCUACCCCCCCACCCCAACUGUUCUUAAAACACCACCCAGCAUAGUUUUUAAAACAUAACCCCGCAUACUGUCUUUUUUAUCUACCCACCUUCAUACUGUCUUUUUUAAUAAAACCCCCCUGAUCGCCCUUUUUAAAUCACCCCCCCAGCUUUAGAUACGUCUCUUUAAUCUACACAACCCACCCAAAAAUUUACUGUCUCUUUAAUCACACCACCCGUAGUCUCUUUAAUCUACCCCACAUAUCAUAUGUCUCUUAAUCUAACCACCCAGAUACUGUCUCUUUAACAUACACCCCCCGCAUAUGCAUCGGUUCUUAAUCUACACCCCCAGAUACGCAUAUGUCUCUUUAAUCACACCACCCAGCUGCUACUGUCUCUUUAAUCUCACCCCCGCUCAGAAAUGUUCUUUAAUCUACACCACCUACAUACUGCUUUUAACAUACACCCCCACAACUGUCUCUUUAAUUACACACCAGAAGUCUCUUUAAUCUAACCACUAGCAUAGUUUUUUUUAAAACCUAACCACCCAGCAUAUGUCUCUUUAACCUCCCACCCAGAUACUGUCUCUUAACCUACCCCCAACAUACUGUUCAAAAAUCUAAACCCAGCUACAGCAUACUGUCUUUUUAAAUUACCCACCCGCAACGCAUACGUUUUUUUAACUAAAAAAAACCCCCAGAUCUGUCUCUUUUUUUACCCCACCUACAUACCCCACCCGAUACUGUCUCUUUCUACACCACCCAGCAUACGUCUUUUUAAUUACACCACCCGCAUACAGCAUCUGUCCUUUAAUCUACCCCAACCCAGCAAAGCAAGUCUCUUUAAUCUAACCACCCCAACGUUUUUUUAAAAUUACAGACCCAGAUAUAGCUAUGUCUUUUUAAUCUACACCCCCCCAGCUCAGCAUACUGUCUCUUAAUUUCCCCCAGCUUUACUGUCUCUUUAAUUACACCACUGCAUCCAGUUUUUUAACCUCACCCCUACAUACGUUCUUUAACCCUACCCCCCCGCAUACUGUUUUUUAAAACACCACCCAGCAUAGUCUUUUUAAUUUUACACCCCCCAGAUACUUCUUUUAAUCUACACCACCUUCAUACUGUUUUUUAAUACACCACCCUGUACUGUCUUUUUAACACACCCCCCAGCUAUAGCUACUGUCUCUUUAAUCAACCACCCAGCAUACAGCAUAGUCUUUUUUAAUCUAAACCACCCACCUACUGUUUUUUAAUUACCCCAAAUCAAAAGUCUCUUAAUCUACCCACCCAGCAUACUGUCUCUUUAACUAACACCCCAUAUGAUAUUCUUUAAUCUACAGCCCCAGCUACAGCAUACUGUCUUUUUAAUCUCACCACCAGCAUACACUACUGUUUUAACAAACCCCACCGCAUACAGCAUACUGUCUCUUUAAUCACACCACCAGCAUUGUCUUUUAAAAUACCCCCCCCAGCUUUGCUUUUUAAUCACAGCCCACUACUGUUUCUUUAACACACCACCUAGCAAAAGUCUCUUUAACCUACACCCCCACAUACUGUCUUUUUAACCUACCCCCCCAAUACGGGUCCUUUAACCACACCCCCCAGCAUAUGUCUUUUUAAUCUACAGCACCAGCAUACAGCAUACUGUCUCUUUAAUUACCCCCCCCCCAAAAUACGCAUACGCCCUCUUUAAUCUACAGCACCCCAGCAUACUGUCUCUUUAAUCUACACCACCCAGCAUACCAGCAUACUGUCUCUUUAAAUCUACACACCACCCAGCAUACUGUCUCUUUAAUCUACACCACCUACAUACACACCCCGCCAUACUGUCUCUUUAAUCUACACCACCCAGCAUACUGUCUCUUUAAUCUACUGCACCCAGCAUACAGCAUACUGUCUCUUUAAUCUACAGCACCCAGCAUACAGCAUACUGUCUCUUUAAUCCACACCACCCAGCAUACUGUCUCUUUAAUCUACACCACCCAGCAUACUGUCUCUUUAAUCUACACUACCCAGCAUACUGUGUCUUUAUUCUACACCUCCCAGCAUAUUGUCUUUAAUCAACACCACCCAGCAUACUGUCUCUUUAAUCUACACCACCCAGCAUACUAUCUCUUUAUUAUUUAAUCUACAGCACCCAGCAUACUGUUUCUUUAAUCAUCACCAUCCAGCAUACUAUCUCUUUAAUAUACUGCACCCAUUGCUCCUUUUCAUGGUGUCUUCUUGCUACAUUCACCUCCAACAAUGUCUCCCUAUGUUUGCUUGAGGUUGAUCCAAGACAGGGCCCUUAAAGGUUAUUAAAAUCAAGUGACAAAAUGACUUAAUCUGUUUGUUGGGGUGACCGGGGUUUGAACCCAGGUUUUCUGUGAAGCACAAGACAGCCUUUAGUUUAGGGAGCUAACAAAAGCAGCCAGCCCUGCGUUUCCACCCCCCAAAACCCGUUACCUUUCAACCAAAGAACGAAACCUUCCUCAUCCCCCGCACCCCCCCCCCCCCACCCCCCACACCCCACCCCCCCGCCCCCCAAAACCCCCCCCCCAAACCCAAAAACCCCCCCCCCCCCGGGCCCCCCCCCACCCCCCCCCACCCCCCCCACCCCCCCCAACCCCCCCGGGGCCCAAAAAAGGGCCCCCCCCAAAACCCCCCGCCCCCCCCAGCCGGGGCCCCCCACCCCCCCCCAACCCCCCCCCCCCCCCCCCCCCCCCCCCACCCCCCAAACCCCCCCCCCCCGGGCCCCCCAAAAAAACCCCCGCCCCGUAGAACAUGCAAAGCCAGUAUGAAAAGUACAAACGAGAGGGCGAACGGAUCUCACGAAGCCUCCCAAGGAAGGCCCCCGAGAACCCAAGCGAGAAUACCUCUCACUCCUCUCAAAUACGAGCCCUACCUCUAGCCGGAGGGGAAUCCAGCCUCAGACAUGCACAGAGCUCGCUCCCGGCGCCAUCACCCGCCAAAGCCUCAUUCCCUGCCCCCCCUCCCCUCCCUCUCACUGAGACCGUCUCCCCCCCUCCCUCCCUCUCCCUCCCUCGCCCUUAUCCUUCACCCUUCUCCCUCUCCCUCUCUCUCUCUCUCUCUCUCUUUUACCCCCUCUGACAGGAGAUGUUUGACAUCAUCCUGGAUGAGAACCAGUUGGAGGAUGCGUGUGAACACCUAGCUGAGUACCUGGAGGCCUACUGGAAAGCCACCCACACCUCCAUGGCCACGCCGCUCAACCCCCUGCUGGGACGCAACCUGGGCCCCACUGCCCUCACUCCUUACCCCACCACCAUCUCUGGACUGCAGGUUGGUCAUAAACAGAUAGCUACAGCGCUAUGGGGUUAAAGGGACUGUCUCCCCUUAAAGGGACAAACUUUCAAAGUUGACUUUGGAGUGUGAUGUUCCUUUAAGGGGAGACAGUUCAUUGUUCUAAGUUAGAUUAGUUGAUUAGUGCCCAGUGUAACAUACAGAAAUGAUUAGUGCCCAGUGUAACAAAAAGGGGUUGUUUGUGUGUGUAUGAGGUGAACCAGCAGACUCAAAGAAUGAGACAACACAGCAACCACACGGGAGACCACUCCACGCCCAACGAGCGUCGCAACCUGAUGACCGCCGACGAGAACUACCACAACGAGCGGGCGCACAAGGGACGCAACCGCAUGUCGUCGGGCUCGCAGCACAGCCGAGACCAAGACCCGUACCACCAGGACUACCAGGACCCCUACCAAGACUCCUACAAGCCCCACCGCAACCGCUCCUCCCCGGGCAGCUACAGCCAUGACUCCCGGCACAGGCUUUGA